AUGUCAAGUGCAACACCAGUCUUUUCUGCCAAAUGCCUUGCCGACGAGCUCGAAGACGAAGCCCAAAGUUCUAAACAUCUUCUAACGCCCAAACAUGCUCUGCUGAACACCACCCACACGCAUACAGACACAUGUGGAGCGGGAAUGCCGUACAAAUGUAUCUGCGCGGGACCUUCCAAGCAUACGCAUCCGCUCACGGAGUCGGGUCUCUUUCAGCUCAAGUUACGUUUCUUCAAGUCAGCAGACCCCUUAUCAAACAUGAAUCAUCCAUCCAGCUGUCGGAAGCAUGUUUUCAUGGAGCGGGGGACAAUGACAGUCGUUCUUGUUCCGGUUGCUAGCACCGGCAAGUGCGACAGUGACGUUAGUCGAGAAUCAGACUAUACGUCGGACGUGGCGGGUGCUUUGCGGGAUACGCACAUCUCUAAAUACCUCUACACAACGUCCGUUGACAUCGCACGCAGUGACGUAUAG